GCAAAAUCGUCGCCUAUCGAACCCGCCGCCGUUGAACUCUCCUCAGUUGCGCUUCCACUCCUCCGUCCAUUCUUCCUUACUUUGAAGCCUUAUAAUUCUUAGCCAUGUCGAAUACUGCAAUGGAGGAUACAAUUUCAGAUACUUCACAAUUUGUAACGGCUUCUGCUGAUGUAGAUCAUUCAGCAGAACAUUUGAAUGCCUCAAACUCAAAUUUCGAGAAGCUGGAGUCUAAACAUGAUGUCAAUAUUGAAGAAAUUAGACAUAUAAUGGAGGUCAUGGCAAACACGGGACAAUACUGGCAUGACUGGGAUAUGCUGAGAGGCUUGCUUUCUUUUUGGAUGAAGCAGGUCUUGGCAGAAUAUAAUGAAGCACAAACGGACAAUAGUAGUGGGCCGCAGAAGAGUUCUUUAGUAGGAGAAACAUAUCAAGAGUUGGUGAAACGUCUAGAUGAAGCCCUUCUUAGUUUUACUGAAGGUCCUCCUUUCACGUUGCAAAGGCUCUGUGAGAUCCUUUUGGUACCAAAAGAUACGUAUUCAAAUCUUUCAAAGCUUGCACUGGCCUUGGAGAAGAAUUUGUUGGUCACAUCCACCUUAACUAAGUGCACUGAGCCCUAUCCUGGGGUUCUAGGGAAGAAACAUGAAGCUGGCAGUGGAAAUGAGACGCCCAAUGAGAAAACUAUUCCUAUCUCAAAUGGAGUUGAGCCUGCUGCAGGCGACCGCGAUGAAGAAAUGACCGACGCAGAGACUGUUGAAGAUGCUACAAUUGCUGAUACAGAAAUGCAAGAGCACAAGGCUAGUGAAACAUCGACUGAAGCAGUUUCUGAUUCCAAGGCUUCUGAAGAAACUGGUGAAACUAACGAAGAGCAAAGUCCUUCAACAUGAACAACACUGGUGAGUCUUCGAUGAACCAAGUUGACUAGUUGAUGAUAUUCAUUUUGAGAUUCUCGAGAAAUGUCAGUAUCUUUCAUGAGAUUCUGAACUUUUCGAACCUGUACUGUUUUAUUAUCUUGAACUUCACUUUUGUAUACAUAUGGCCAUAAUCAUCGUUUUUUCUAGUAUUUGCACAUCAUUAAUGGUAGUAAGUUAAGAAAGCUUGCUCAUUAUUUCUUCA